AUGGCUGUCACUUUAAGAAGUGGUAAGAAGUUGAAUGAAGUUUUGAAAGAAAAGGAACCCAUGAGGGUUGAAAAAGAGAUUGAUAAAGAAGAAGAGAAAGGGCCUAAAGAGAGUUCUAAAGCACUUGCCAAUAUGCCAUCUUAUGCCAAGUACAUUAAGGAAAUCGUGUCUACUAAAAAGAAAUUGGAAGAGUUUGCUACCGUGCAUCUAAAUGAGGAGUGUGCCAGUAUUAACCUUAUGCCUUUAACUCUUUUCAAGAAGUUGGAAAUAGCUGAAAUGAAGCCAACAACAAUCUCUCUUCAACUUGCUGAUAGAUCAGUCAAGUACCCGCUUGGAGUAGUGGAGGAUAUCUUGGUAAAAGUUGGUAAAUUUUAUUUGGCUGCUGAUUUUCUGAUUCUUGAUAUGGAUAGUGAUACAGAUACAUCUCUUAUACUUGGUAGACCAUUUUUGUUAACAGGAAGAGUAUUAAUUGAUAUGCCUUUAGGGAAAUUGAUUUUUAGAGUAUGA